AUACAUAACUGCAAUUUGGGGGCCGGGUCGGGUUUGUAAAACUGUUGAGUGCUAAGGGAGUUUUUGGGGUUUUUGUACUUCCACACCUGAGCUAGACUUGGUUUUGGGCCUUCUGGUCUCGCGUUGUUUCUCUCGUCCUUCAUUUUUCUUCGUUUCUUCAAAUAUUACCUUUAUCACUGGUUCCCUGCUGUUAAGCCAAAAUCUCGAGAUCGGAAUCUGAGCUUCUCGAGAGCUAUACUUGUUUUGGAGAUUGGUGGCACUGAUAGACCAUGGCACGUGGGCAAAAAAAAAAGAAAAACCAGCAUGUUGCUGAAGCCCCAUCAACAUCAUUGCCACCUGAAAAAGAAACUUCAAAGACUUUGAAGCCUAAACCUAAAAUCAUGAAGAAUCCUCCCAACCAGAACUCUGYAAAGAUAAAAGAAUCCAAGGGCACUUCACAGGAUCAAGAGAAAAUGAAGAAGAAAGACAUGCAGGAGAGCAAGGAGAAAGUUAACACCAAGCCACAGAAGGAUGAAAAGAAGCCACAUUUACAAGAAGGAAAGAAAGAGGGGAAUGUUAACAAUGAAAAACGUGGUGAAAAUAGCCGUGGAGACCAAAAGGACAAGGAAGAACUUGGUGGCUUGAUCUUCAUGUGUAAUGCAAAGACCAAGCCAGAUUGUUUCCGCUACCAGGUCAUGGGUGUCCCAGCAAGCAAGCAAGAGCUUGUCAUGGGAAUCAAGCCAGGUCUAAAACUCUUCCUCUAUGAUUUUGAUCUGAAGCUUCUGUAUGGAAUCUACAAGGCAGCUUCUGCUGGUGGCAAAAAACUUGAGCCAGCUGCUUUUGGUGGUGAAUUCCCUAUUCAGGUGCGGUUCAAGAUUCACAAGGAUUGCAUUCCACUACCAGAGAAUGCUUUUAAGAAGGCAAUCCAGGACAACUACAAUGAAAAGAACAAGUUUAAGACAGAGCUUUCAUUCCAACAAGUAAAGAAGCUCAUGGAACUGUUCCGCCCUGCACCAGAAAUCCAAUCAAAUGCUCAAUCUUUUCUUUCAUCCCAGUCAGCAACUCUCCCAUGGGUGCCACCAAUGGCAACCGUACAUGCAGAGGAUUUUCAGGGAAGAAGAGAGCUUCCAUCUGAUCAUGAAGAGGGCAGAAGAGAGCCUCCAUCUGAUCCACUUUUUCUGAGUGAGAAGGAAUACCGGCUCUAUGGUCUUGUCAGGCGCCCCUCAAAUCCUCCUGAUAUUUCCUAUCCUACUGCUCCUGCACACUAUGGAAGGGGGCAGCGCAUGGGGCAACCUGCCCCUUUAGAUGGAGAAACAGGUCGUGAUGCACUCUUCCUAAGUGAGAGAGAGUAUCGAACCUACGGUCUUGCACGAGAACCACCUACUUCAACACUGCCUGCUACUGGUACUUCAGUCCCUCACACAAAGGAGUCAUGCUAUCCUGUUGGUUAUGGACCUUAUGGUGCUGUAUACUCUGGUGUGUAUCCUCCCCUACCAAGGAGAGAGACAGCUUCUUCAGAGCAUUAUCCUUUGGUCCCAAGGAGAGAGAGUUAUCGCACUGACUCUGAUUACCAAGAAAGAGGCACCGCUGAUUACUUGGGAAGGAGAAGACCUGAUGAAGUGGAAGGUUCAUAUUCAACGUAUGCUUCCAAUGUCCUGUCGGAUUACAACCAGAGACACCAUUUGGGUGGCAGAGGUGAUCUUACAUCCCAAUCAGUCUCAUCUCGGUACUCAUUUGCUGGCCCACCAUCUUACCGCUGAGCUGAGUUUCAUUCCCUGCCCUUAAAAAAGGGGAUAAAAAGGAAAAGAAUUCGCCACAUCAACCCUUUGGUCUCACUGGUUGCUGCUUACAAAUAUGUGGACGUUCACGUUUUCAGGCGGUCUGUUUCUACAGUUGUGGAAUUACAUGUUUAUGUGGACGUUGGCAUUCUUUUUCUCUCAUUGAAUCGUAAAUGAGAUCAUAUUGGGGUAUUUUAUGUUUGGGCUUCGUUAGCCCGAAUUUGACAGUGUACCUUAGACCUUACCUUAGUCCAUGGAGGCUGGAGCUCUUUGCUCUGGACGCCUCUUUAGAAAUCCUCGUCUGGGUUCAGGGAAAAUUAUUUGGAAAUAUGGUUCACUGUCACUCACUUUCCGUUUUCGUUUUAACGCUUGUGUUCCUUUGACAAAGCAUUUUGCCCACCGAUGCCAAAUGCAAUGCAUGUUGCAGAAUUGGGGAUC